CUUUAUCGAUCCUAUAGUGAUCGUUGUGUGUGUGAGGUUCACCCAUCGACCAUGAGCAUCGCUGUGAACGGGCAGUCGGUGGUGCCGCCGGGGUUCCGGUUCCACCCGACGGAGGAGGAGCUGCUCACCUACUACCUCGCCAAGAAGGUGGCCUUGCAGCGCAUCGACCUCGACGUCAUCCGCGACAUCGACCUCAACAAGCUCGAGCCAUGGGACAUCCAAGAGCGCUGUCGGAUCGGAACUGGCCCGCAGAAUGACUGGUAUCUGUUCAGCCACAAGGACAAGAAGUACCCCACGGGGACGCGCACCAACCGCGCCACCGCCGCCGGGUUCUGGAAGGCCACCGGCCGGGACAAGGCCAUCUACUCCGCCGCCGGCUCCGGCCGCAUCGGCAUGCGCAAGACGCUCGUCUUCUACAAGGGCCGCGCCCCGCGUGGCCACAAGUCCGACUGGAUCAUGCACGAGUACCGCCUCGACGACGCCAUCGCACCUGCCCCUGCGACCAACCCCGUCUUUGCUCCCGGCGACGCAAGUUCCUACUACUCCGGCAUCUCAUCCCCGGUUCGCGGCGUGGCCGGGGUCCAGUCACCGUCGGCACAGGAGGACGGGUGGGUCAUCUGCAGGGUGUUCAGGAAGAAGAAUAUCGUCGUGCAGCACCAGAACGGCGGCGGCGCAGCGUCCAACAAGCUGGUCGGCGCCGGUGCCAUGGAGUGCAGCCAGAGCAACUCCUCGUCGAUGGUGACCGCCGCCGGCGACAAGGCCAAGGCGCAGAUGCACCAGCAGCAGCAGCUGCCACACAGCAACGACGCGCUCGACCAUAUCCUCAGCUACAUGGGCCGCUCAUCCAUGGCAUCGUGCAGGCAGGAGACCAAGCCCACCAACCCAUCAUCGUCAGCGCUGGACCACCUGAUCAACAGCGCGUGCCACGGCGACAGCAGCACCCUGUACGACAAGUUCAUGAAGCUCCCGCCGCUCGAGCACGUCAUCCCCGGCGGGCUCCUGCCGGCGCCGACCGAGUACGGCGGCGACUGGGACGCUCUUGACCGGGUGGCGGCGUACGAGCUCAACGGCCUCUCUGACGCCGCGACGGCCAAGACCACCAACGGCAUGUCCUACAUCGUGGACGAUCUCGGUGGCGCCACGGCCAACUCCGGCAGUGGCACCCUACACGCUUCCUCCGUCACCGGGGCUGGCGAUGGUGACCUGUGGAGCCUGGCGCGGUCGGUGUCAUCGCUACACGCCGACUUGACGAUAACCUGUUUUAACGCUGUCGGGUGCUAACACUGUCCUAGCCCAAACUUGCUUAUUUUUUAUAAGAACAUUUUUUUUUUGCAUAUAGAGCUUAUUCAAUCGCACGCACUACAGGAGUGCCCAGAUUAUAUAUAACGAGAUGCAGAGUGAAUAUGUCCAAAGAAAUGUUGCCAUACUACAACAGAAAAAGUAAAAGUAGAUAAAUAACCUAAGAUGGAGGAGAUCCUAUCCAAAGACUACACAACCAUCCAUGAUUGCGGAACACCUCCCUUUACUGAAGCCUUCUUCAUCAACUUUGCUGCAAUAAUGACGAUGUGGGGAUAGUGCUCCUUGGACUAUGGGUUGAAAACAAUAGCUAUGUGACAUCUGCUCUCUGCCAUUCUUCAAUACAAAUAUCUCAUGAGUUGUCUAAGACUACCAACAGUGGGACUAACAUAAUAGAUGAUAACAUCACAUAUAUCUAGACAAAACAGAUGAUGUGGCGAGUAAUUAAUGAGGAAAGAGGGGCAUGCGGUAACAUAGCUAGUUACUGUAACAUCACACAUGCUAAGACAAGAUGAGUAUAUACAACCAAAUAAAUGAAGUGUUGCAUGACACCACACAUAUGUUACUCCCCACUAUAGAGGUAGUAACAUAAACUAGAAACAUAUGCAUGUUACUAGUCUAAGUUACUACCCAUUGUGACUAGUCUAACAUGAUUGUGAUCAAUAUGAUGUAAUUCUCGAUGUGUUUGUCGUGGUGUGAUGAAUUUCUACUUUAUUCCCAGAAUAUAUAUAUAGAUUAUUUAUCGGUUUGUUUUGGUUGUUUGCUGCAUGAUUAUAUCUGUGCACGCUCUCCUAUCUAUUAGUCUUGCACUAGCCAUGUUUAGAUAAAUGAUCUCCAAGAGGAAGUUCUUUAUGUUGGUUGGGUUUAACCUUGUACUCCCUUCGUUUCAAAAUAAGUGUCAUGAUUCUAGUUCAAAUCUGAAUUAAAACUACUACACUUAUUUUGGAACAGUGAGAGUAAUAGUCUAUGUCAGUGAUAGAAAGAUAAAAAAAGGCGUGCAGUGUAUUAUUGCCACUAAGGAUAAAAAUAUAUCUGCCUAGUUAUCUCGGUGAUGAGCAAGAGAUAAAAAUAAUAUACUAUCAAGAUUAUGUCACCUUGCUUGAUGCAAUGCUUUGUUUUAUUACUUAAUAAUUUAAAAUAUAUGAUGUAUUUUGGUUUGAAGUGGAGUACUAGUUAUAGAUGAAGCUGUAUAGCGGUCUAUGGAUACAAGGACGUAAUGCCUAUAUGCUGACAUGUAUGAUCAAACAUAAAAAUUGUAAUAAUUGAUACACAACUAUAAUUUAUUUACCUUGUCUAUGCUAUUUGGAGAGGAGAUACUAGUGAAAUUAUGGAUUGCAGUCAUUUAUUCCUCAUAAAUUCAACUCUAUAUUCAG